GCCGGGGGAGAAAUUGGUCCAGCAUCUCUGAGCCGCUGACUGGGUGACAGGGCUUGUACAAUGCGUUGAAGAUAUCUCACCUUUUCAGCUUUUUUUUUUUUAGAUGUCUUACUUGUAGCUAUGGGAAAAAAUGAUUGGUAAAGGGUGGAGUGUUUCGUUACUCUUUUUGGAGACCCGGACUGUUCGUCAGUGAGAUAUGUGGAGUCGCUCUAUCCAUCGGUGGUAACGCAGACAAAUAAAAAAUGAAGAAGCAAUUCAAUCGAAUGCGACAGCUCGCCAACCAAACAGUGGGCAGAGCGGAAAAAACUGAAGUAUUAAGUGAGGACCUGCUACAGGUGGAGAAGAGGCUGGAGUUGGUCAAGCAGGUGUCCCACAGCACCCACAAGAAGCUGACUGCCUGUCUGCAGGGCCAACAGGGUGUAGACGUGGAGAAGAGGUCUGUCAGAUCGCCUUCGAAGAAGCUGCCUCUCACAACGCUAGCACAAUGUCUGGUGGACGGCGCUGUGGUGUUGGGCGACGACUCACUACUGGGGAAGAUGCUGAAACUGUGCGGCGAGACGCAGGAGAAGAUGGCUCAGGAGCUUAUCUUGUUCGAGUUCACCGUUGAGAGGGACGUGGUGGAACCCCUGUACGAACUAGCCGAGGUGGAAAUCCCGAACAUCCAGAAACAAAGGAAACAUUUAGCAAAACUGGUUCUAGACAUGGACUCGGCACGCACAAGGUUCCAACAGUCCUCCAGAUCAGGUGUGUCUGGCAGUGUGCAGCCAGGCGCCAAGGGCGAGCACCUCAGGGAAGAAAUGGAAGAGGCAGCCAAUCGAAUGGAGAUAUGUCGAGAUCAAUUAUCAGCAGAUAUGUAUAAUUUUGUGGCCAAAGAAAUCGACUAUGCAAGCUACUUUCAGACAUUGAUAGAGGUGCAGGCAGAGUACCACAGAAAGUCUUUAGAGCUCCUCCAGAAUAUUCUCCCUCAGAUCAAAGCCUACCAGGAGACCUGGGUGGAGAAGCCGUGCUACGGGAAACCCUUAGAGGAGCACCUGGCACUCAGCGGGCGGGACAUCGCCUUUCCUAUCGAAGCCUGUGUCACCAUGCUGCUGGAGUGUGGCAUGCAGGAAGAGGGCCUGUUCAGAGUGGCGCCCUCCGCCUCCAAGUUGAAGAAGCUCAAGGCUUCCCUGGACUGUGGCGUGUUGGAUGUGCAGGAGUACUCUGCCGACCCUCACGCCAUCGCAGGUGCUUUGAAAUCCUACCUACGGGAACUGCCAGAGCCACUGAUGACCUUUGAACUUUACGAUGAAUGGAUCCAAGCUUCUAACAUUCAGGACCAGGACAAAAGACUACAAGCCCUCCUAGCAACCUGCGAGAAAUUACCCCUGGCCAAUGGCAACAACUUCAAGUAUUUAAUCAAAUUCCUCGCCAAGUUGGAUGACUUCCAGGAUGAAAAUAAAAUGACCCCUGGGAAUAUUGCGAUCGUGCUGGGCCCCAACCUGCUGUGGACAACACAGGAAGGGAAUAUUACUGAGAUGAUGACCACUGUGUCCCUGCAGAUCGUAGGCAUCAUUGAACCCAUCAUCCAGCAUGCAGACUGGUUCUUCCCCGGAGAGAUUGAGUUUAAUGUCACAGGGAACUACGGCAGCCCAGUGCACACCAACCACAACGCCAACUACAGCUCCAUGCCCUCUCCAGACAUGGACCACUCUGAACGCAAGCACAGUGACCAGGGCCGACGCCCGCUCAGCGUUGCCACCGACAACAUGAUGCUGGAGUUCUAUAAGAAGGAUGGCAGCGUUAGGAAAAUUCAAAGCAUGGGAGUAAGGGUGAUGGACACUUCUUGGGUGUCGCGCCGCGGUUCGUCGUCGGCGCGUAAAACCUCUUCCGCGGGGGUGCAGCCCCCACUCCUGCCCUCAGAUGCCCUCAUCCCCGAGCAGGGGGAGCUCUCCGCAUCCCCCUCCGCAACCCCUCCUCCCGCUAGCAGCGACCGUGCCAGCUCUGAUGACGCUUCGUCCACUUGGACUGAAUCCUGUUAUGUCUACCCCUCCCCAGAGGAGGAAAGGCCCCCUCCCCCUUACCCCUCUUUCUCCUCCUCUUUCUCCUCCUCUUGCUACCCUCCUCCUCACCCUCCCUACCCCCGAGCACCGCAGUGCGCACGCCCCGUCGCCCCGGGUCCUGAGUCCGUUCCCCCCGCUGGGCCGUCCCCACCACCUCCCUCCCGCUGGUCUGGCUACAGCCCUCCUCUACUGUCCCCCUCCUCAUGCCCACCUCCCUCUCCCUCCCCCCAGCAGCUUGAUAUAAACUCUAACCCUAAGCCCAGCUCCCUGCACCUGCCCAAACAGAGCUCCCUGGCCGAAGCUCUGCAUGCGCCCCCGCCACCAGAAACUAACGUCCCCCCGCUCUACAUGAGAACCCCCCCCGUGCUGACCCGAAAUGACCCAUCCCUCGGCCCUUACCCCCCUAACUUCCCCCUGUCCGCACCUCCUCUGUGGGCCGCCUGUGCCUGUAGCCGAGAGAGAGGAGCCAAGCCGAAUAGUACUCUGAAGAACAAGGAACUGUCUCCAGUGAUUGGACAGAAGGGCUUCCAGGGAAUAGCACCCUCUGGUGGGCUGUCACAGUACUCUUCUGAACCUAGCCCUCACACCCUAAGAAGAGCCAAGAAGCUGGCCCCGGUACCCCCUAAACCGUACUCCCAGUCGGGGGGAAUGUGUGACCAGUCCCCAGGUCAGCCCUCCCCGGUCAGCCUCUCCCCCACCCCUCCUAGUACCCCCUCCCCAUACGGCUUCAGCUACCCCCAGGGCUACGCUACCAUUGGCUCCCCGGGACAGGCCCAGCCUGCCGCCGCCCCGUCCCUCUCCUCGCCUCCCUCGCUGGUCGGAGCGCUCGCCAAGGCCCGGCCCACUCCCAAGCCGCCCCGGCAGAGACCCAGCCUGCCCCCGCCUCAGCCCCCCGGCACCCCGGGCUCCAGCCCCCAACCCCUGGAGCACAGUGGGGGUCUGCUGGAUGGAUUGUCUCCGGGGGAGAGCAUGUCCACAGACUCUUUCUGCAACCUGGACAUCCCUAUCAUCAACGUGGAACUGGAUGGCAUCUUCGACGAGCCCAAGAUGAUCCCCUAUAGGAACUCAGUGGCGGUGGUCCAGUCAACCCCCAAGGCUGAGGAAGUGGAAGAGUCUGAAAGCACGAUACUAUGACAUCACGAGUUUCCACCACUAGCCCUACUAUUCCAAAACAUCACCAGGACCCAUUCUCUAACCUUUGACCCAAAGGGUCUCCCUCCAGAACUCGCCCCACCACCCACGUAGAUCAAGUACUGGUCUCAGUAAAUCAAAGUCCUCCUACAAAAUAUGAAACAAAAAGCACAUCCACAUUCUGACUGAGACUAUGGGGGAGACACUUUUGAUAGAGAAUUGAUGUGUUUUUUAUGUUGCCUCAAUUCCUUUGGUUUGUGAUGCGUUCAUUUGUAAAUAUAUUUUUUUUUUUUUUUUUUUUUACAGAUUGUGUUCCUAUUUUUUUGCCUUAUUUGGGUCAUUUGCAAUAUUGCCUUUAACUUGAUCUAAAAGACAUGAAGACAAGCUGCUCAUUAGAAUGGUUUUCCUCUUGUGCAGCGGGAGGAGAGGGGACGAGGUAUCUCCCAUUUCCAGUCCCUGUCGUCUUGGUGAUAGCAUUCCUUAUGAGGCCAUCCUAAAAUCGUAUCUUGUACUCUGAGGUCAACCCUGUUUAUCAUCCUGACUGGAGGCCUAUUUGUGACUUGGGUGAUGCGUUUUGAAAUGUGUAUCCCACUGAGAAUAGUGCAGUUAGCCAACAGCGUCCAGGUUUGGGGGUUUAGUAUUCGAAAACAGUUGCCUUUCCUCGUCAUGCUUCAGCAACCCCUUGUGGUAGUUUGGGUUCCUGUGAGCUUUAUCGAGAAUGAAGGCUGUAGAUUGAAUACCUUCCAGCGCGUGUGGAUUCCAGUGUAAACAUCCUGGUUGACCAAGCUGUGUGAAAAGAACCGGAAUGGUAACUCAUGUGCUUCGGAGGACACAUAUCUUCAUAUUGACUGUCCUGAAUCUGCUGGGAGUUGCUGCGAUGAUGCUGGGCCUUGAUCACAAAUGUCACAGCCUGUCGUACUAGGAAAACUAAAUGAUACAGCAAGUCCAGUUUGGGCUAAAUAUAGGGAGAUUUAAGAUUGGAUUUUACUGUUAGCUGGGUAAUUAAUGUUGGAUAUUAUUGCAACAUUCUUCACAACAACUGUUACACUGUACAUCAACAUGUAGUAUUGAUGUAUAUCAACAUCAAUACUAGAGAUAUUAUAUUAGUCGUUUGGUAUUAGAAUACAACCAUUGGUGUACAGACAUUCAAUAAAACAGGAUGUACUUGAUUGUACGAUGUCUUAAUGGACUUGGAGCUCAGUGUAAGCAAUCUGCUUGUCUGUUUAGAGGUAAAGGGAUAUAGAAAUGGAACAAAUUGAAUAAUUAUAAACAGAUUGGAUCGCUGAAUAGCAUGAGUGGAAUGUGCAGGAUGGGACUUUGCUAUCUCUGUGGCCUCUCUUACUAAGCCUCGAUUACUUUAAGGAAUAUUUCUUCUGGAGCCAGGAUACAGUACGUACUUCCAGGGAUAUUGUAUUGCACAGAGAAUGGGAAUAGGCUGUCAUUGAGAUUAUACACGGGUUGCCAUUUCAGUAAACCCCUAUAGUAUAUUUAGCGAUGAUUCUUCAAUACAAGGAAUUUGAUGAAUGUGAAUUAGGUAUUUAUUAUUGUGAUGAGAGUAUUUAUAUUUAUGACUAUGGCACAGAGGAUUAUGAUAGAGAUCACGAACACAUAAGACCAAUGGCCCAUUCUGUUGAAGUAACACUGGAGUUCAAUGAUGAAGGCCCACGACCUCUAGAAAUGUAUGACCUCCUUUUUAGUUUUCUUCCAUCCAAACAAUCCAUUCAUCCCACUGAUUAUUGCCUGGAAGCCACAACAAAACGCAGCUCCUCCAUGCUCUUACAUUCAAGUGCUAUACUGUAAUUUCUCCAUCACAACACUGUUGUUUAUCCUGAAGCCACUGUAUAUUUGUGUAUAUAAAACAGAGGGAGAGGAUGAAAUAUAUAUAUAUAUAUAUAUGUGAAGAUUGAAAAAUAUUACUAUGGAUUUAUAAUAUAUAUACAUCUAUAUAUAUUGACAUGUCAGUGUUGUUUCGGUCCGGACCACAAUAUUGCUAGAUUCACACUAAUCAAAAAUGCAGUAAGCUUUGCACAGUUAUCAACCGCAAGCUUUGUACAGUACAGUAGUUGCAAUAGCACUGACAUUGACUCAAGGUUACAUCUAUUUUGUAGUAUUUGUUAGAUUAGAAUGUGAGAGUCAUCCUGGAGCCUAAAAAUACAGUAUGUCUGACUGGAAUGUUGUACACCUCAGUGUGCAGAAAGUCUCCUGUCAUCCCCAGCCUGUGCAGUAGAUCUGUGAUUAGGGGUUUCAUUUUGAUUGUGAAUUGGUAAAAAGAGGACCACUGGACCAUCAAUUGAAACAGUUGAGUCAACAUAGUUUCCUAGUUAUUCCUACCUUACAGUACAGAGUGAAAUCCCCAGUGUAGAAGACCAUUGUCUUCCUCUGUAAGCAAUACAGUUCAACCCAAUGCUGACAGUUCCAGAACAAACAUGUAGAAUUUUAAAACGAUAAAACAAAGUGCAAUUACAGUAUGUAUAACAGAGAAACGAAGAAACCUCAAAGAUUAAGGGGGUCCAACUCCCUUAAAAAUGAUUUGAUUUUUUAUUGGUUCUUUUUUGUUUUUUUACAGUUUAUAUUGAUGUUUUAUGGCUUUGUCUUUUUGUUAUCAUUACUGUUAAUUCUGCCCGUAGUGAGGCAUAAUGUUUAGAACUGCUAAUCAUGCCUUUAAGGAAUUAUGGAUUUAAAAACAAAGGAUUUAAAAACAAUUAAUUAUAUAGGCAAAAUUUCAUCUACAUUUUUGAAAGCUGUUAAAAUUUGGAUGUGAAUGGUUAAUACUGUGUGUAUUGGGACUUUUGUCUGUGGUGAUCAUGUGCUAUUCUGUGGCUGUUCUGUAAAAGGGGUAGUCCUCUUUUUAUGAAGUGGUGGUUUGUACAUAUUUAAUGAAAACACAAAACAUUAUUAACAGCAGAUAUUGUGUCAACUGAGAUUCUACAGACUAUUUCCACUACUCUAGUUUUUCCAAGCAUGCCUGUUGAGAGUUACUGUAAGAGAAGGCCUUGUUUAAAUUGGUGGAAUGUACUAGUGAUUUUGGACGGUUCACCUCAGGUGGUAUUGAGGGGGAUGUCUGUGUGUUGUGGAUGUAGUUUUAAAAGGGUGGACAGGUGUGUGUGAAGUAACGUGAACAGGCUUUGGGGUUAUGACUUGUCAUUAUCCUGUGUGUAAAAAAUCAGAAGCAUGCUUUUUCCUCAUGCUUGUGUCAUCUUUGUUCUUAUUUACCUGUGUUUGUCAUAUUUAUUUUUUAUAUGUGAAAAGAAAAAGGCCUUGCAAUGCAGGUAGAAUUAUUCAGUUUCGUCCCAUGUUCCGUUUAUCAGGCCACAUUCUUUUCCUGUUUUGCAUUUUUGUUACAACUACAACUGUCACUCAGCAGUCAAAUACCUACACAUCAAUACGUAUGGCUUAAUUGCUGCCAAAUGUAAAACUCUAAGAAACUAGCAAAAUUAUGUUUUUGCCUAAGAGGAGUAAAGACAGAAGGACAUGGUAUGGAUGAGUGGUAGCAUAUGGUUUUAUUUUUCUGUAAGCAUUGAUUUUAUUAACUGAGGAUAGCCUUACAUCUGCAUACAUCAACUCAAGAGUCACUCAGAUUAGCAUAUCCUGCUGCUUAAUAUAUGGCAAAACGAUGAUUUGCCUGUUUUUGCUGGCCAAUCAGCCAAUGCUGAAACAAUGUAGAAACACACCUGGUUUGCCUGGAUUAAACAUUCGUAAGUUAUGACACUGUGGUGCAUGGAUCUCUUGUUUGGUUAGCAAGUAUGUCUUCAUUAACCCUUUUGCAUAGUUUAUGCUCGCGUAAUAAACUCACACAAUGGGCCGAAAGUAAAAGGGAAGGAUGACUCAGAGACAUAGCUCCAGGACAUAAAUAGGCCCUUGAGUGUGUCAGGAGACAUGCUCUCACCCAGUCACAGCAGAAGUCUUACUGUGGACAUGUUCUGUGAGAUCAGAAACAGUCCUCAUCAGAAUGUCGAAACCAUUAAAAAAUGUUUUUCUUUUA